AGGCAGCAGUAAAGAGUGAGACAAACAUUCGAAAAUUCAAACGGGCGCCCUUCUCUAGAGAAGCAAAGAGCUCAAAGGCUCAAACGGCUCUUUUUCACCACACAAACUCUCUCUCUCUCUUGCUUCCUUUGUAGGGUCGAUCGAAUAUUCCAGGAUUCCGAAGACAAAAUACCAUUCAAAAGGUCUGGCUUUUCUGAACCGCUCGCUAGCUACCAAACAUGGCAAAGGGUCGCAUCUCUAACACGUACGAAGCAGCUCGCAACCAACAAGUUGAACUCAACAAAAAGAAAUUUCAGGAUUUGGGAAUUUUAAAGACGUCAAAAAGUUUGGCUGCCCUAUCAAAUUCCGAGAAAAAGUCCAAGCAACAUUCUCCAAAACCCAAAUCGAAGACUACUUGUGUAUCUGAACCAAGACGCUCCACCCGUGCACGUAACCCAGUUCCUUCAUAUCGUGAUGAUGUUGGUAUAGAGCUUCUACCUUUGCGCAAGAGGUCAAGGGUGUCAAAUUCAUGGGGAAGCUAUCUUGCAAGGCCAUUGGAUGAAGUCAGGGAAGCUUCUCAAGAAGAAAGAGAUUGUGCCUUUGAGGCCGCACUGGAUCUCCAAAGCAAGCUAGACUCUGGAAGUCCAUCUUUCGUCAAAUCAAUGGUCCGGUCUCAUGUUUAUAGCUGUUUUUGGUUGGGCCUUCCUUCAAAAUUCUGUGAGGAUCAUCUUCCAAAAACAUUGUUGGAUAUGGUAUUAGUGGAUGAAAAUGGUGUGGAAUUCGAUGCUACAUACAUUGGCAAAAGGACUGGGCUUAGUGGUGGCUGGAGAGCAUUUGCACUGGACCAUAAGCUGGAUGAUGGUGAUGCACUGGUAUUUGAAUUGUUUGAGCCAACGAGAUUUAAGAUAUACAUAGUUAAAGCAUUUCCGGUUUCAGUUCAAGAGCAAAGUGAGGACAUAACGAACAAAGAAGAUAUUCCAGCUGUUCAAACAACAUCCAAGACAGGCACGAAGCGUAACUUGCAACCAAGCCGGACACAACCGUCAAGGAAAGCUGUGGUAAAUGCAAAUGAUGACUUGGCACAUCUUCAAAAGCUUCAACCAGAGAGUGAAACAAAUAGCGAAGACAAGUCACGAGAUGAAAAUCUACUUAAAAAGAAUGGGUUAGGUUCUCAAAAAAUUCAAAAGAAAGGUAAAUCACCAGGGAGUAGUGAAAUCAAGAAGCAUGAAAUAGUUGAGAACACUGAUAGAUGUGCUUCUGGGAGAACUAGAAAGAAACCUGCCCCAAAGCUUUUAAGAAAGAAAGUAUAUUAAUUAGGAGAGAAACAAGGCUUCAUUGUCUUCUUCUGCUAUGCAAUCUCAGAAAGUUUAAUGGGUCAGGAGAUUAUCAUGCAAACGAAAAGAAAAUUUGGCUAUUUCGUUUUGCUUUGUAAUGCCUUCAUGAUAUCUGAGCUCUUUGACUCUUGUAAACCUUUUGACCUCCUAGACUUCUGAAAGUUGACAAGUAAUGUUAAUACUAAUGGAAUCUUGUUCCAGUGAAUGUUGUUUGAAAA